AUGAUGCAAACAACAGAUGAGACAGUACGUCAUUCUAUGACUAUUCAACACCUGCCGAAGUAUCAACGUAACCCUAUUAAAUGGCAGUUAUAAGUCUCAUUAUCAAUGAACGAUGAAAUAAAAGAAAUUAUAUCAUUAAAAAAUCCAAUAAAUAGCAUUAAAACAAUCAU